AUGGCUCUUCUGUACGAAUACGUGACGCAGGAGCAACUCGCAGGCUUCGACAAAUACAAGUACAGUGCAGUGGACUCCAAUCCGUUGUCUGUCUACAUCAUGCACCCUUUCUGGAACUUUUUGGUGAAGUUUCUUCCAAAGUGGUUGGCCCCAAAUCUCAUCACAUUCACCGGCUUCAUGUUCCUGGUGGUCAACUUCCUCAUGCUGGCCUUCUAUGACUUUGACUUCAACGCCUCAGCUGCUGGGCAUGAUCAUGUGCCUAGUUGGGUUUGGGUGACGGCGGGGGUUUUCAACUUUCUGGCCUACACGCUAGAUGGUGUGGACGGCAAGCAGGCACGCCGCACCAACUCCUCCACACCACUCGGGGAGCUCUUUGACCACGGGCUCGACAGCUGGGCCUGCAUCUUUUUCGUAGCCACCGUCUACUCCAUUUUUGGGCGUGGCCCCAGCGGCGUGGGCGUGGUCACGCUUUACUACAUUCUUUGGGUGGUGCUGUUCUCCUUCAUCCUCUCGCACUGGGAGAAAUACAACACGGGCGUGCUCUUCCUACCUUGGGGCUAUGAUGUCAGCCAAGUGACCAUCUCUCUGGUCUACGUGGUGACGGCAGUUGUCGGAGUGGACUCUUGGUACCAACCCGUCCUGUUCCAUUUCCUCUAUAGAGACCUCUUCACCUUUAUGAUUGUUGCCUGUUCCUUCCUUGUGACGUUACCCAUGAGCCUCUACAACGUCCUCAAGGCGUACCGCAGCAACUCGCUGAAGCACAGCAGUUUGUAUGAGGCCUUCCUGCCAUUUCUGUCGCCCGUGAUCCUCUUCGUCCUAUCCACUAUUUGGGUGCUCUUUUCACCGUCCGACAUCCUGGAACUUCAGCCCAGGCUCUACUACCUCAUGGUGGGCACGGCCUUCGCCAACGUAACGUGCAAGCUGAUCGUGUGUCAAAUGAGUAGCACGCGUUGUCAGCCGCUGAGCUGGCUGCUACUGCCGAUGGCAGGCGUGGUGGUGCUAGCCGUGUCAGGUCUGGCGCCUGACGAGACGCUGCUGCUGUACCUGUGGACGGCUGCCGUCUUACUAGCGCACAUACACUACGGCGUGUCAGUGGUCCAACAACUCAGCCACCAUUUUGGCAUCCGGGCCUUCUCACUAAAGAAACCCAACAUUGAUUGA